AAACGGACAGAAAUAGUAGAACUUUUGUAGCAGAGGAGGAGAAUGGAGAGAACGAAACCGAAAGCAGUGUUCAUGGCUUUCGGAACCAAAGGCGACGUGUACCCUCUUUCUGCCAUUGCUGCAGCUUUUGCUUGUGACCAGAAGCAGUAUGAAGUCAUUCUAAUAACUCAUUCCGCACACCAGAGCUUAAGUUCUCACUUGGCUGAAAAGCAUGUCGAAUAUUGCCCAGUUUCAUCUCCUCCGGUUCUUUCUGCUGAGCAGAAUAAUGAUUUGGAAGGGAAGGAAGAUUUAUCCUUUUCCUUGCAAAAAAAGAAAAUUACACGAGAUCAUCGACAAGAAUGCUAUUCUUUAAUUGAGAGGAUAUUUGGAGAUGGCUCUGCCUUGGAUGGUGACGUUAUUGUGAUAAAUUUUUUUGCUUUGGAAGGAUGGAGCCUUGCAGAAAGUUUUUGUGUCCGUUGUGUUGUAGCUGCACCUUAUGUGGUUCCAUAUAGUGCACCUGCAACAUUUGAAAGCCAAUUCCAACGAGAACUUCCUCUUUUGUAUAGAUAUCUCACUGAAUCUCCUUCUGGCAAGGUUUGCUGGCAGGAUGUUAUUCACUGGAUGUGGCCUCUUUUCACAGAAAAUUGGGGAUUGUGGAGAAAUGACAACCUGCAUCUGAGUUCAUGUCCUUUUACAGAUCCAGUGACAGGAAUUCCGACUUGGCAUCAAAGGCCACAAUCUCCUCUAGUAAUGUAUGGGUUCAGUAAAGAAGUUGUUGAAUGCCCUGCAUACUGGCCACCGAAAGUACGGGUUUGUGGAUUUUGGUUUCCACCUAUUGAAUGGCAGUUUACAUGUAAGAGAUGCCAAGAAAUUUCAGUAUAUUUUUCAUCUGGAGGCCAAUAUGCUAAAGACGACUUAUGUCCGAGCCAUUUGGAGUUGCAUAAUUUUAUAAAGACUAAUCCAGUUUUUGUUGGGUUGAGUUCCAUUGGGAGCAUGGGUUUUUUGAAAGACCCCCAUGCAUUUCUUUCUGUUCUUCAGACUGUCCUGAACACUACAAGGUACAGAUUUAUUCUCUUUACAGCUGGCUAUGAACCUUUAGAAUUGAUUGUUCAUAAGCUUGCUGCUGAAGAAUCAUCUGACCAGAAAAAAUGGAAUGAAGAUUGUGUUUGUCUUUGUGAUGGACAACUCUUUUGCUUUUUUGGUUCCCUACCCUAUAGUUGGCUCUUCAAAAACUGUGCUGCUGUGAUUCAUCAUGGAGGCAGUGGAACUACUGCUGCUGCAUUACAAGCAGGCACGCCUCAGGUUGUGUGCCCUUUCAUGCUAGAUCAGUUCUACUGGGCCGAGAGAAUGCACUGGCUUGGCGUUUCGCCAGAACCGCUCAGUAGAAACCAUUUGGUUCCUGAUAAAAAUGAUGAAACAAGUGUACAGGAAGCUGCACAUGUGCUAUCAAAGGCAAUACAUGAUGCAUUAUCAUCAAGAGUCAAAGCAAGAGCUGCAGAAAUCUCUGAAAGAAUAUCACUUGAGGACGGUGUAUCAGAAGCAGUUAAGUGCCUUAAAGAAGAGCUUGGUAUAAAUUGAGAUCUUCAAGACAAUUGAAAUAUUCCCAAGAAUCCAUUCAUGUUUUUCUUCUCGUUAUCAUUGGAUAUUUGGGGGUUCUUUUUAUAGAUAAUUCUUGUACCAUAUGUUAAUCAUUCUACUUACAGAUUCAUAUUUAAAUAGGCCAAUUCUCAGUUGCCGAC